AUGAAAUAUUCGGGAAAACAACAAUGUAAUGCAGCUCGCGAUCGCAAGGACUCGCGCGAGCUCAAUGGUGGUAACAACGACGGCGGGAAUAUGGAAGUAAUGACUCUGCCAUAUACCUGUUGUUAUUUCGCCGAUGUGGGCAACAAUUCAGCGGCAAAGCUGUCUUUAGACGCAGCUGUUGUCCUUGUGGGAACAACGUUGAACUGCACCGGGUUGCGCCUGAAAGAUCCACGCAGCGCGCGCAGCGUAGGAACGAAAGCGGUCAAAAUAGACCGUCACUGUAACGUAGAGACCGGUCUUUUAAACAAAAGCCGCAUUACCUUGCGAACGACCCGCCGUUUUGAGCAGACUUUACGUCCCAUCUGCGACACCUGA